CUUUUGCAUUUUUACCAAAACAGAUUGUGUAUUUUUGCAAGAUUUGUUUUCUUAGAUUAUAGUAAUCGUGGGAUUUGAAGACGGUUUAAAAUACAAUUAUUACCGUCGGCCGCUCCUUUUUAUAAAAGCCUCAGCCUCACUUCUGAAUUUAAGACUGGACACAAUGGGGAAAAAGCAAAACAAGAAAAAAGUGGAGGAGGUUCUAGAAGAGGAGGAGGAAGAGUACGUCGUGGAAAAAGUACUGGACAGGCGUAUCGUGAAAGGGAAAGUGGAAUAUCUGCUGAAGUGGAAAGGAUUCUCGGAUGAUGACAAUACAUGGGAACCUGAGGAGAAUCUUGACUGUCCUGAUCUCAUCGCAGAAUUUUUACAGUCCCAGAAAAUAGCACAUGAUGGAAUAGAUAAAACAGAGGGGCCCAAACGGAAAGCAGAGUCUGAUACUGAAACUGAGGAAAAUAAAAACAAGAAGAGGCGAGAGGAGCAGGAGAAACCAAGAGGUUUUGCCAGAGGAUUGGAGCCAGAGCGUAUUAUUGGGGCUACGGACUCCAGCGGAGAGCUCAUGUUCCUCAUGAAGUGGAAAAAUUCUGAUGAAGCUGAUUUGGUUCCAGCAAAAGAGGCAAAUGUCAAGUGUCCCCAGGUGGUUAUCUCAUUUUAUGAGGAACGUCUGACGUGGCAUUCGUACCCAUCUGAAGAGGAAGAAAAGAAGGAGGAAAAGUAACCGAGGGAGAGGGGCUUAAGCAUCUCCCAUUACAACUUUACAAGACGAGAAAAUAAUCCCGACUUUUCAGAAAGUGGUUUUCAGUUGUACAGGUGUAUAGUUCUCCGGGUGUACCUUUUCUCAAUUCUUUCAGACCCAUAUCAUUGUCAGCAUUUGAGAGGGGAUGGGACAGGUUGUGUUUUUAAAUGCAGCAUGAUUUUUUUCCUCCAGAUUUUGGAUAACAACUGUAGAAGCCAGUGAAUUGUAGAUUAGUUACCUUGGCUUGUAGGAUAGGGUUUGAGUCCUCAAAGGGGAAAGGAGUCUGUAGGGCUGAUGUGCCAUUUAAACAGUAGCCUCUUUUUAAUAUGUCUGAUGGUUUUGGUUGAAAUUCCUCCCUCUCCUCAGCCUUCUCCUUCACAUGUUCCAGAUCUGAAGGGCAGCUUGGAUAAAAUUUAUCUGUCUUGUGUCUUGAGGUGUGACAACUACUUUAGAAAGCCCUGUGUGGCUGCCUAAUGGUUGUAGUCACACCCCUAUUGGAGUGAGGCUGCUCCUGAGUAUCCUGCCAUUGUGAGCCUCGCUCCCCUGGAUUUCUUUUCUCUUUGUUUUUAAGGUAGUGUUUCAGUUAUAGUGAAAGACUCUCCUCUUGUUGGCUAGUGCAGGCUGCUCUACUAUUAAACAAUAAACCUCAGUUCGUGAGAAAGGUGUUCUUAAAAGGUCAAAUGAUAUUGGACAGGCUUUCUUAAAGGGUCAAAUUCUUGAGGUUGCUGAUGGGUGCAAAAGACUCCAGUCUUGUGAGGUAGAGCAACUUGCUGUUCUUGUGGCUUAGGCAGUUUUAAACUUCAUUUUUUUUUAAACGUUAAUACUUGCUCAUUGUUCAACUUCCACUGCCCAGUGAUAGAAUCUGUGCUGCUGCUGCCACCCACGAGUGUGUGAGGAGAAAGCAGGUGUGUACCACAAACAAACUGCAGAAAGACCUAGCAGUUUUCAGCGUCGGAACAAAGAGACACUUGGUUUUUUACUGUGGUCAGGAAGAGGUUUAUCCCAACAGCUUCACUGUGCCUUUCCCACAUUUCCUGCUCAUAUUGCACGACCAGCUGGUUAUGAUGGUAUAGGUUGAGAUUCCCAACUACCAUAUCCUAGUGCAGCACCAUAUUCUCCAUUAUCUUGCCAUCCCUGGCCUGGUGACCUUUGAAGGUAUGCAUUGUAGUGCUCUAAUAAUUCCAUCUUUAUUUCCAAACAGCUGUGUAAAGCAUGACACCUUAUGGCCAGAGGUCAUCGAACUCAGCUGGGGAAUGAGGAGCACAUGAGUAGGUACUAAGUGUAAUUAUCACUCUGGGAAUGUUUGGUGGAUAUUCCAAGGAUCUCUUUUAAGCUCAUUUGGUCCCAGGAUACUGUUUUAGUGUUGCCUCAGUUGUUUGAUUGGUGAAACCUCUUACUGAACAAUUAUAUGUUCAACCUGUUUGGGAGGAGAGGGACAUUGUGUAGCAAAUAAGUGUGUAUCACAUUUACAUCUGCUCCUUUUCCUAAGGCAUUGAUCUUGUGGAUGGCAAUUGGGAGUGGAUGAGGCUUUCCCUGCCCCAAGUCACAAAUCAAACCAAAAGAAACUACCUAUUUUUUAAAAAUUCCCCUGUAGAAUUGAGAUUCUUAUCGGAGUACUGGUUGUGUUUUGUCUAUCUGGGGGGGGGAGAGAGGAGGGAGGAGAGGAGAAAGAGAAGUGUGUUGUUUGAUUAUAAUCCACAUGCCGUAGACCUGGAAAAGGGAUGUGGCUGCUGUUUCCACAGUGGCCUUUCCCAACUGGCUGCAACAUCAAUUCAACAGUGUCCUAAUGCAGGAAAAGUAUUGCUUUGACAGUGUUUGUGUAACUGGGGUAAGACUGAUUAUGUUCUCAUUCGUAAUCUUAUUAAACGUGAUGCGGGGGGGGGGGGGGGGGUCAGGCAGG